UUCCCUCUUCUCUCAUUUUUUCUUCUUCUUGAAUUUUCCUUAUUAACCAUUGCCGCCUUUUCUUCCGGAAGUACUUUCCUUAAGAUUUCCAUUAAUUAAGUGAUCGUGUUUAGUAAGAACACAAAGUCGCCGUAACCAUGCCUGCAGGAGGAUUCUCCGCCGUCCACAAGAAUGGCGGAACAGAGUUCGAGGCUAAAAUCACUCCGAUCGUCGUCAUUUCCUGUGUAAUGGCGGCAACCGGCGGUCUCAUGUUCGGCUACGACGUCGGUGUCUCAGGAGGAGUUACUUCGAUGCCGGAUUUCUUGAAGAAGUUCUUUCCGGUAGUGUAUCGGAAGACACAGCUGAAGGAAGAAAGCGAUAGCAACUACUGUAAAUACGAUAAUCAAGGCCUUCAGUUAUUUACAUCGUCGCUGUAUUUGGCCGGUUUAACGGCGACUUUCUUUGCUUCCUACACCACCAGGAAGCUUGGAAGAAAACUAACGAUGUUAAUUGCUGGCGUUUUCUUCAUUAUUGGAACCGUGCUUAAUACCACCGCUGAAAAUCUCAUGAUGCUCAUCGUCGGUAGGAUCUCACUUGGCUGUGGAGUUGGCUUCGCUAAUCAGGCAGUUCCAUUAUUCCUUUCGGAGAUCGCCCCAACUAGAAUCCGUGGAGGAUUAAACAUACUAUUCCAGCUCAACGUCACCAUAGGCAUUCUCUUUGCAAAUCUGGUCAACUAUUUCACUGCUAAAAUAGAGGGAGGGUGGGGGUGGAGGCUGUCGCUGGGUUUGGCCGGAAUUCCCGCCGGCCUCCUAACUCUGGGGGCUUUGAUGGUGGUGGACACUCCCAACAGCCUCAUAGAGCGUGGCCGUAUGGAAGAAGGCAAAGCGGUGCUUAAAAAGAUACGUGGAACUGAUAAUGUGGAAGCAGAGUUCUUGGAGUUGGUAGAGGCCAGCCGUGUGGCUCGAGAGAUAAAACACCCUUUUAGAAACCUACUCAAGCGGAGGAACCGCCCCCAGCUCAUCAUUGCUGUUGCCCUCCAGAUAUUCCAGCAAUUCACAGGUAUCAAUGCGAUCAUGUUCUACGCUCCGGUCUUAUUUAACACACUAGGUUUCAAAAGUAGUGCCUCUUUGUACUCCGCUGUCAUAACUGGAGCUGUCAAUGUCGCCUCGACAGUCAUAUCAAUCUACUCCGUUGACAAAGUCGGACGCCGGAUGUUAUUACUUGAAGCCGGAGUACAAAUGUUCAUUUCUCAGUUAAUGAUCGCCAUAGUUCUAGGAAUCAAAGUUAAUGAUCACUCUGACAAUUUAACCAAAAGCUUUGCAACAUUAGUUGUGGUCAUGGUUUGCACCUUCGUCUCUUCAUUUGCAUGGUCAUGGGGACCACUAGGAUGGUUGAUUCCAAGCGAAACAUUCCCAUUGGAGACUCGCUCUGCCGGCCAAAGCGUGACCGUUUGUGUAAAUUUGCUAUUCACAUUUGUGAUAGCUCAAGCCUUCCUCUCGAUGCUUUGUCACUUGAAGUUUGGGAUAUUCUUAUUCUUCUCCAGUUGGGUUUUGAUAAUGUCGGUAUUCGUGUUAUUCUUGUUGCCAGAGACAAAGAAUGUACCGAUUGAAGAAAUGACAGAACAAGUAUGGAAACGACAUUGGUUUUGGAAGAGAUUUGUAGAAGAGGACGAAAUUGAGGGACAGAAAAGAAGUGUGAAGAAACAUAGUAAUGGCUUUGAACCUUCUCUCGAGUUGUAGUAAUGAUUUAAAAUUUCUUGAAGGGUUUCCCUAAAUGGUAGAAGGAUUAGGCACCGAAUAGAUAUUAUAAUGGGACAAUAAAUUAAUGAGGUUCAAGCUCUUUUUCCCUUGGCUAGAAGAGUGGACUUCUUAUGCAUAAGAGCAUUUUUGCUUCGGCCUCAAACGAAGGAAUGAUCUUUAAUGUCAUGGAGCUCAAAACUUGCCUGAAGAUGGGUUUGCAUUUGUAAUGAUACUAAUAAGUUAUAUAUUAAUUUGUCAUGUCUAUUUUAUACUUGAAAUAUUGAACCAUUUCAAUUACAUCCCAAACUUUACCUAUA